GAAAAAGAGCAGCCUGAUCAACACAGACCUGAAGCACAACUGUUAAACUCUUCACUCUAAACUUUAAAUGGAAAAACAGCAGCGAUAUGACUAUAUGAAGAACAGCAAAGGGUUGUGUUAGUGUGAAUCUGUAGGAGGAGAUAAAGAGAUAAAGAUGGCGACUGCAAGAAACAAUGAGUUUAAACUUAUUGGACCCCCAUAUACAGAGUAUCCGUUUAACUUUGCGGUCACUCUCUCAUGUCACCUGUCUCCUGAAAUCAGUGCUGUUGCCCUGGAGAUCAGGUGGUUUAAGGGGACAGACUGUGUUUGUCUCUAUAAGAACAGGCAGGUGACAGAAGGGAGGGACUACGAGGGCAGAGUGAAUCUGUUCACUCAGGAGCUGCAGAGAGGAAACGUCUCCUUACAGAUCAGAGACUGUAGAUGGUCAGAUGAAGGAGAUUAUCUGUGUCAGGUCACCAAUGGAGACACAACAGAGGAGUGUACAGUAGGGAUGUGGAGCACAUCAUGGCUGGAUCCAUGGAGAGAAGCAGAGAAAGAGGCUCCUCAAGUCUUCGUUUCUCAGAGGGGCAGAAAAUGGACAGAAGAGGAGAGAAUGAAAAUGAGGGAAUCUGCUUUGCUGAUUGAUUUAACUGAAAAGACCAAACAGCUCAAAGAAACAAAACAUGUACCAUCUGAGAGAGACACGCAUCUAAUGGAGAGAGAAAAACAAGUUGAGGAGAAAGACAGACUUCUGACAGAAAAUACAACAACACUUCAGAUGAAGGACAAGAUAUUAGAAGAGAAAGACAGACUUCUCACAGGGACAGAAGAUGAACUCAGACAAACAACAAAGAAAUUAAAGAACAAUCAUAGAAUACAAAUGGAAGAAAUGGAGAAAAGACUUGAGGAGAAAGAUGAAGAACUAAAAAAGGUAAAAGUACAACUGAAUGAUAAAGACAUGAAACUGAAAGAGAAAAACAUGAUUAUAAAAGAACCUUUAGAGACUAUUGAUAAGAGAGAUUCAUUAUUAAAGGAAACUAAUGAAAGAUCAGAAAGUGUUAAUAAGCAGCUUAAAGAUAAAAACACACAACUGGAGAAUAACAUCAAACUGCUGAGAGAGAAAGAGACUCUACUGGAGAUCACAGUGAAAGAGGUGGAAAGCAGUAAAAAGCAACUGGAGACACUGAGGAAGGAGCUGCAGGACAAGAGCAGCAAACUACAGGAGAUGAUGAUCCUACUGGAACAACAGAAAACUGAAGUGAGUGAAAAAGACAGACAGCUUGAAGAGAAGGAGAGACUUCUAAGUGAGAGAAACACACAGCUGAUGGAAAGAGACAAGCAGGUUGAGGAGAAAGACAGACUUCUAGAGGAGAGAAACAAGCAGCUGCAGGAAAGAACAGAUCCAGACUCAGCAGUUCAAGCCAGGAAAAGAAACGGAAAGGAGCUGGAGCCUCAAUACUUGAGUGGAGGGACUCCAAAAUCUGCAGCAUCACUCAGGAGAAGACCCCGUUUGCAAGGACUUCCUCCAGAUAUGAGUGGUGAAUCCUCUCCAGCCUCUCCAGAGUCAGUUCCUGUAGCAGAACUCAGACUGGUGCUGCUGGGGAGGACUGGAUGUGGUAAGAGUGCAGCAGGAAACAUCAUCCUGGGAAGAGAGGAGAGGAGCCAGGCUGGAGCGUCUACAGUGAAGCAGCAGAGUGAGAGCAGACAGGGGAAGGUGGCUGGGAGGCAGGUGACUGUGGUGGACACUCCUGACUGGUUCUGUCCUGGACUCUCUCUGGAGGAGGUGAGACAGACCGUGGGACUCUGUGUCCGUCUGUCUGCUCCAGGACCCCACGCCUUCCUCCUAGUCAUACCAGUGAAGCAGUCUACAGGAGAGGAGGGAGGCAUGCUGGAGAAAAUGGAGGAGAUUUUUGGAGAGAGAUGUUGGAGGAACACCAUGAUCCUUUUCACUGUUACUGAUGAAGUCCAAGAGAAGAACAUUGAAGAGUUUAUCAGGUCUGGAAACCAGGAGUUCCAGAGACUUGUAGAGAAAUGUGGGAAUAAGUUUCACUGUCUCAACAUUAAGGAGAGUAGAGAUGGUUCUCAAAUCUCAGAGCUGCUGGAGAAGAUAGAGAAGAUGGUGGAAGGAAACAGAGAGAAAUUCUACAGCAUUGAGAUCUACCUGGAGACAGAAUCUCAGAUCAGAGAGAUAGAGGAAAGAAUGAUGAGAGAAAGAGAGGAGAUGAGAGAAAGACAAGAACGAGAAACUAGAGAGAAACUAGAGAGAUGUGAACAGGAGAUUAAAAUGAAGUUUAAAGAAUUAAAAGAUAAGUUUAAUGCACAAAUAAAUCAGCAUGAAGAGCAAAUAGCUAAACUAGAGGUAAUGUUAGAAGAGGAUAAAGAUGAGGAGAGAAAAGUAGAGCUGGAGCAAGAGCUGGAGAGAGAGAUCCAGCGAAGGAAUGAGGUUCAGCUGGAGUUAGAGAGACUGAAAGAAGAGACUGAAAAGGAGAGGAGAGAGAUGGAGGAGAGACACAGACAGGAGAUGGAGGAGAUCAGGGAGACGUAUGAAGGAGAAGCCAAGAAGGAGGCAGAGAGAAACCUCCUGCCUGAACUCCAGCAGAGAAUGUGGGAACUCAUGACAAAGAAACAGAAAGAUUUUGAUUGUAGGAUGGAUGAAAAGGAGAGAGAGUUAGAAGCACUGAGACGGAGACUCAGAGAGGGAGUCAGAGAGGGAAUCACAGCAGCAGGAGAUGAUCAUCAGGAGGACACUAGAGGACUGUUUAACAGGUUAACACAGCUGCUGUUUUGGGGAACACUCUGUGAUCCAGUUAUAAUCACUCAGUCAGCUCCUGACUUUCUGUCAUAGCAGAUUUGUCUGAUAGUAGCAGCUGAUAAAAAAGGGAAGCUCAGAAUGAGUGAAUUUUUCUCUCAGUGGUCAGAGACUCAAUACGCAUUUGAAAUAUUUUUAGUAAAAAAAUUAGGGAAAAAUAAAACUUAUUGUAUAAGUUUUAUUUAAGUAGCCAGCAAUGAAGCAACCACAUUUGAAUUUGUCACGUUAACCCAUAAAUCAGUAAAACUAUUGAUUUCAUGAUUGUUCAGUAUGGGUUUAUUUUCAUUGUUACAAAAAAGAGAACAUUUUCCAUGCAGUACAGAUCUCAUUUGCAUCACUAUUUAGAAUAAUCUUUUUAGAGAAAUGUUUUUACUCCUACUUUUAUUCCCCACAUGGAUACAGAUAUUAUCCGUCAAAUUAUCAGAACUUCUAAUUCAAUUUUUAUGCUGAAUUGCAUAAUAUUAUCCUUGAAAACAAUAUUGUCAAAAUAGAGUCUGUCAAAACAUUGUUUAUUUAUUAAAAAAAACCUACACCUACCUCAAAGUCAGUGGCCUUGAGGCUGUUUGCAACUACAUUCAUUUUUGAUAAGGAUGAGUUUUGAGUGUUGAUGUCAAGUAACAUGACCUGCUGGUUUCUCAAUGUGUGUCUUCCUAGCCCUCAUUUCUUAAUUUCUUAAUCUUAAUUUGCAUACAAGUGUAGUUCACAAACCUACAUAGUCUUAGAUACUUUCAAAUGUAGUUCUCCUCAGUUUCUGGCAGCCUGAUCACCCAGUAAUUACUGUCAGUCAUCAGAGUGAAGAGUAGAGUGUAAUUAGCUUUAGUUCUUUCCACUCUGAUCAGAUCACUGUGUGAUAG